AUGUCCUCCAGCAGAGCCAUCAUCCUCACCUACGCGCUCGCAGACCCACCGCUGAAAUCCGAAAAGCCCGUGGUCCCAGCAGCGCAAACCCUCUCCUUCCCCAUCACCCCCUCCUCGACCUCCACUUAUGCCCCCAUCUACAGCGCGACCUCGGCGGCGGUCCUUCAGGCGCAGAAGGAGCUAAACGAGUCCCUGACAGCAUGGAAGGAUGCAAUAGGUGAUGCGGAGAAGGUCAAGGAAGAUACGGGCCAGGUGGAAUAUGGUAAGGGAAAGGCGGCGAGGAUGAUGCAGUAUGCCGCCGGGCGGGAUCGCGAGGCGGACGCUGAAGUGGAGGAGGACGAGGAUGAAGAUGGGCCAGGUGAUGCAGAGUAG